CGGAUGUGGGCCAUGCAUGGCGCCAGCAUUCUGUCGUCUCACUGUCAGAGUCAGUCGCUGCCUGGAACUCAAGCACUUGUACUCGAAGCACGUCCACUCCGUCUGCGCCAUAUUCAACGCUUUAUUGGUCCUACCGUAUCGAUCUUCGCCACUUCGGAUUGCCCUUUUGUUUUCUAGAAUCCCUAGGUUGCAGUCGAGCCAGUCCCUUUUUCAGCAGGGAGCUGGGCUGCGCUGCCAUCGGGAGGCUGGGCAGCCCACACUGUUUUCAAUGCAGAACAACACUGGAUUUUGUCCUUGCGGACGACAAGAAUAGGCUCCAAUGCGAAGUACUUGACGCAUCAAUCAACAAGGAUUGUGUAGAUCAAUUUUUUUGUCGAAGGGGAGUUUAUGUGGCCCUAGUGAUUAGGGUUCCAUCGGGGGUUUGGGAAUGGCGGGCACGUCAGGCAGGGAACUGCCCGGGUAUGCGCAGCGGGUCGCAUCAUUUGCAGCCCAUGCUCAAGCUGCGAGACAGGGACAGCGGUCCGAGGCUGAGGCUGAUUCCCUCCGCGAAGACUCUCUCGCUUCCAACGACGAAUUCUCUCUGCCUAUUGGCCAGCGCCCGGAAGAAAACCUCCGCACCGAUGGACUAGAAAUUGCGACACUGGAUACCCAGAUCUCGUCCACGAAUGUGGGCUACCGGAUGCUGCAGAAGAUGGGGUGGAGCGCAGGCCAGGGCCUUGGCAGAAAUGCCCAAGGUAUCGUGGACCCGAUCAGGGGCGGUGUCUCUGGCCCCAAGCUGGGGCUCGGCAAGCAGGAGCAGGACGACUUUUACACGGCAGAAGAGAACAUCCAGCGAAAGAAGCUAGAAGUGGAAAUAGAGGAGACAGAGGAGGUGGCGCGCCAGCGAGAGGUGGUGGCAGAACGCACAACCAAGAUCGAGGCAGAGGUAGCCGCCAUGCGCAAGACGUUCCUGUGCGACCUGUGCAAUAAGCAGUACAAGCUGGCCAUCGAGUAUGAGGCGCACCUCAGCUCGUACGACCACAACCACAAGAAGAGGUUCCGAGACAUGAAGCAGCAGCAGGCUGGCCCAAAGGACGAGCGGAUCAGGCGGGAGCAGGUACGGGCGGAGCGAGAGUUGCUGAAACAGCAGCAGCGGCUAAGUGCACAGCAGAGUUCCCUACCACUCCAAGCUGAGCCUGCCGGAUUGCCUGGCCCUGCGCCACCAGAAACAAAGGCUGCGGCUGUGGCUGCAGAGCCUGGGGAAGGGCGCGCUGCCCUCAAGUUUGGGUUCGGCUCAUCAAAGCCCGUAGGUUCGAAAGCAAAGCCGGCAACAUUCAGCAAGCUGUCUGGAGGAGGGCGAAAGAAGCAGCUUAUCCAAACUGCCGCUGUGUUUAGUAGUGUUGACAGUGACGAAGAGUCUUAGGUAUAGGAGGAUGCAACCAGAUAAUGUGGCCCCGUGUCAGUGAUGGGCAUCCGAACACAAUGCAGCAAUCAUUAUAUGUGGUCCAAGAUAUGCGCUUCGUACACG